AUGACGGAGUGGAGGCUGAUGUUGCUGGGAAAGAGAGGCGGGGGGAAGAGUUCGGUUGGGAACACCAUCCUGGGCUGGAACGUCUUUAACACGGACAUGCAGCUGGCCAGAGUCACGCAGUUCUGUGAGAGAGUGAACGGUCACGUGGACGGGAAACCUGUCGCUGUCAUCGACACCCCAGGGCUCAACAACAGGAAACGUGCAGAGAAAGACAUCAUUCGGGAGAUCCUGAAAUCCGUCUCGCUCUAUAAGCCCGGUCCGCACGUCUUCCUGCUGGUCCUCCCGCUGGGGAACCUCACCAAUGAGGACAAAGACAUGAAUAAGCUGAUUGAGAAUGUGUUUGGCAAACAGAUCUGGGACUACACCAUCAUCCUGUUCACACACGGAGACCGUCUGGAGGGAAAGACGCUGAACGAAGUCAUCGCCAGUUCGGACAAAGAUCUCCGCAACUUCAUCCGAAAGUGCAGCGGCGGCUUUCUCGUCUUCAACAACAAAGAGCCCAGCAACCGAGAGCAGGUCAGCAAACUUCUGGAGAAGGUGGAGACGCUCGUAGCCAUUAACGGGCACGGCUGCUACACCACGGCCCUGUACCCAGCGCCGGAGAGGAAGAUCAGGGAGAAGCAGGCAAAGAUCCUGCAGGAGCGUCAGGAGGAGAUCGCUCGGAAGGAGAGGGAGCUGGCAGAAAAUUAUGACGAUGAGGAAGAACUAGAGAGGAAGAUUCGAGAGAUGUGGAGGGAGGAGGAAGAGGAUGCAAGGAAACUGGCAGAAAAUAAUUCCCUUCGCAAAUUCUCCAUCAACGUGCACAAGGCUCAAACAUAA